GGGUUUUUGUUUGGCGGUGCUGCGUCCCCCGAAGAAUGCACAAAUAAAACGCAAAAAGCUUGGGGCUUUAGAAAUCGAAGGUGAAUCAUGGCCACGCUAGUGAAGCCCAAAAAGCAGAAAAGCAAAGGGUCUCGCCACACAGGGCAGAUCCAAAAAGAGGAAGAAGAACAUGCUGAGUUAUCAACAAGUGAAGAACAAAGACCUGCGGACAAUGUGUCGCUGCUGGAGGAAUUCGAGCGAGUGGCGGCCUUGGCUAGCAGUUCCAGUGCCGAGGCCAUCAUCAGCCACGAGUGCUGCAUCUCCAGCGAUGUACGGGAAUUGCCGGAGGAGCCAGAAAGUCGGGAGGAGCCAGAAUCGCAGGAGGAACCCUCUCCCGAGACGGAUGCCCAACCCAGUGCCCCAAGUGCCCCGCCCUCGACGACCGUUCACAUCGUCCAGUACCCCAAUCUGCAGCCCAUGCAGCUGUCCAAUGCCCGAGUGGAGGAGCAGUCCGCCAAGAUUGUGUACCGCCAGGCGGAGUCUCCCACCGGUUUUGCCCUGGCCAGGAGUCACAUUAGGCCAUUGACUACCGAGCAACUGCGUCAAAUCUACGAUUGUCCCGACCUGGAGCUGGCCAAACAAUUCGAGCUGGAGUUUCUCAUGAACUCACUGCUGGAGUCCAGCGAAUCGGAUCCUCUGUAUGCUGCUCUAAUGGAAUACUACGAGCUGCAGGGCAAGAUCACCUCGAAUCUGCACGAUGUGGAGAAGCUGCGCAAAGGCUGCACGGAUUCCCAAAAGCAAAUCUGGGUGCGACAGCCAGUAACGCGUACUUUCAGUGGAACCUGCGGGGAUGGCAAUGUGGUUCAGGAGAGUGUAACCUACGAUCAGAUCAAGGUGGACCCUAUUAAACUGGAAGUGGCCCAGACGGCAUUGACUGGUCUCUACGAUCUAGUCUGUCACACUUACACCAACAACCUGAUUACAGCCAAGAUAACCAAAGUGAAGGUGGACCAAAUCAUCAACGAUCUGCUGACCUAUCCAAAUGGAGAUGGACAGUCGGCAAUUUUAUUACAUCCCUCACAGUCUGGACAGGCUCUGGAGUGCGUUUCCCAACUGAGGCGAGCCAUCUCCAUACUCUUCAGUUUCGUUCGAAGACCAAGUCCCAAUGCGAACUUCGACAAGGACCUCAAGGAAUGGCUGCGCAAGCUGAUUGCUCUGCAACUUUUGCUGGCCACCAAGGAGGAUCACUGGUUCCUGCUGUUCAACAUCCUGCGCUGCCCCAAUGGCGUUGGCUCCUGGGCCGCACAAUUCCUGCAGUUGCCGGGAACGCAAAAUGUGGGUCGCGGAGCCCAACAGAACGAGCUGCCACUAGACCUUAACUCUCCCGAACUCAACCACUGUAUGGCCGUGCUGCAGAUUCUGCUGAUGCCGGUGAAGAAGCGAAACGAGUAUCUCACGAGUCAGGCCCAAGCACACCGAGAACUUACGGAAGCAGCGGGAGCCACAGAUCGCUGGAUAGUAGUGGAUUCCGAUGGCGAGGACUCCCAUACACCCGCUGGCGAAUGUAUAGGACUGAAAGAAAGCGAUCUGAUCGCACUACUUAACCAGUUGCCUUUCGAGAAGAUCUUUACCUCCGCCAUGCGCAUUGAGAAGUUCCUGAACGACUAUAUCCUCGAGCCGGAUAUGAUCACUGCCCAGCAAAUGCUCGCCGUAGUUGUCUUCUUUUCCCAACUGGUCAAAUCAAUGGGCGAGGGAUUGCUGACGUACAAUAACGAGCGAUAUAAGCAGCUGGCCAAACGCCUCGGUCGUUUGGUGCGACACACCCUCCAAUACGUCUUCGAUUACCACGAAUUGUUCAUAAACAACAACCUGUGCAAGUCCCCAGACAUGUUCGAGCGCAUUCAAGUGGAGCUACAAGCUUUGCUAGUUCGCGCCUGUGGCUACAUCUACCGCACACGAAACCUGGGCACCUGGCAGUACUUUUCAACUUUGCCCUUUGGCACCUUGGAUGCAGAGGUCAUCUGGCACUUGUUCUACUACCUAAAUGUGGGUUUUCCCACGGACUUGGAAAACGAUUUAGUGAGCAAUGCGGAGGCUGCCUUUCAGUCGGAGGACUUCUGGCGAAAAUUCGAUCUGGCGAAUGCAGAUGUGGCGCCCGAAGAUAUGUACUACCUUCUGCAGACCUUCUUUGAGAUGGCCAACGAUCGGAAUCGCUCCAAGGAUGGGAGCCUUGUCAAGGCCAUCUGCCUGCACAUCUUCCACAUCGGAUACAUACAUAAGACUACGAGGGAGAUUUGCUAUAAAACAGCGCGUGAUAUGCUAGCCAACUUAAUGGAUGAGGAUCUGUUAGGAUGCCUGCUGGUUCAACUAAAGAUGCGAUACGGGGAAGUAGACCAAGCUGCGUAUCUUUUCAAGGCUCUGCCACUGGAGAACUGGCACCCCAGCAUGGAUAGCUUCGAGGUGCUCUCGAACUGGCUUCUUCACUUUGACUACCAAUCUUCCGAGAGUCAUUUAGCUCGCUUGAUCAUCAGUCACCUAAACUGGGGAUUGGAUAUUGAGGGACGUCUCUUUCUGCCCCACAACAUUCAUGUGAGGAUGGCGCACCUGGUGAAUGAGGCCUUGAACAAGUAUGCUCCCGAGGUUAUUGGAGCCUCCGGCAUUUCUGAGAGCGUGCGUCAGGUGUCCUCGCUAAUUGAUUCCACGCAAUCGAGUCGGGAACAGUUCACGAACUGGUGCUGGCGCAUGGUUUCUGUACUGCGCCUACACCUGAUGGACCAAGGCGUAGAGUCCGUCAAGCGUACGCUUCAACACCCCACGGAACCGCUCCUUUUUAUUCCCGAGCUAGAGCGAAUGGAAAUGAUCUUCCAGGGCGUAAAUGAGAAUCGCCCGCUGGCCCUGUAUGUGGGGAUGCUGGUCAGCUUACAUGGCCACUCUAUUCCGAUUAUCUGCCAGCACGGGUUCAAUCUUCUCCAGCAACUACUUUUGGAUCACCGUCAUGCGGCCACCAUUCGGUGUUUGGAACUAAUAGUUCCGCUGUUUUUGGAAACACCAGAAACUCUGGCGAACUGUGAAAGUUUUCAGAGACUGUUGAUCACACUAUUAAAUGCGGACAGAACUUAUUUGAAGCUGGCUAAGGACAUGGUGUAUGCAAAUUCUAUUGGCCCUAUUCUGGAAUUGCUGGACAACAUGCUUCAUCAUCAGAUUGUUUCGUAUACAAACUAUGGCCUAUGUUCACCGCUUAAUCUUCUCAACAUCUGGCUAAACUGUUUUACCACACUGCCAGGCUGGUCCCAGAACUCGAAUCUUUUGUAUUUGCUUGACAGAAUGCUACGUAUUUCCUACCAGUUUCCCGACUGUCGUGCCCAAGCUGUUGAAUUCUUCUACAAUUAUUACAAGGACUGCACAGACUGGAAGUCACCCCCUAAGGGAUCAGCCUUAAAGGCCUUCUUUGGCGGUCAGUCUCCUUCUCGAAUCCCUUUGAUUUCGCCUCAAAACUGCUGGCUGAAUUUAGUACUACUUGAGAUUGAGUUCCGUCUUGUGGACACGCGCAUCUUCCCGGAACUUUUGCGUCAAGUUUCAGCUCAGCCUAUGGAGGCGGCUCUAAAGAAAACUAUCUCCUUGAGCAAAGCAAACGCCUUUCCCGCCAGCCAACUUGUGAUAUACAAAUAUGCUCAACUGCUGGCCAGUAUGGACAGCAAUCACGCUUUGUUUCCCAUCGUCUGCCAGAAGUUUUUCGAGCUCUAUCUCUGGCGAGUGCCCACUGAAAACGAAUCCCUCAACUUCAGUCACAAUUUUGGGGUAUCCGACAAGUUCUACGAACACAAUGUGCCUUUAAUGAAGAGUAUUAAGUCCCAAUUGAAGUCUGCUGAGUCUUACUACUCGGCAUUGGCAACCAAAAGUGCUAGUGACGAUGCCAUGGGCCAUUUCUAUCGAAGCUGUCGCACGCUUAUGCAAAACUGUGCGCUCUGGCUGGAGGAUACUCAAAUCAAUCGCUUUACCAGUGAUGCAGAGCAUCUGCCGGCACAGUACAAUUCUGAGAAGCUGCGCGAGCUGUUAAGUGGUCAUGUCAACCAUUGGACGGAGUUCCUGUGCCUUCCAGCGCUGCGCAAAGAGCAACGCCAUCAGGCUGAUCAGUGGGGCCGAAAAGUGAUGAGACUGCCCAACCAAAAGGCCCCCAGAACUCCGGUACAACCGAAACCGCGACAGCAACCAGCUCAACAUAUCAAAAGUCUGUUGAACAGCUAUGAAAAGAUUGUCGAGAAUCCGAUUUAUGUUCGUGUGGAACCCAUUCAGACGCCACCCAUCGAUGGAAGUAUUAUGACGCAGCUUAAGAAGCGACUGAACACAUUCAACUCGACGGCCAACAACUACCAUUACAAGACGUCCGAGUUGAAUUCACUGAACCUCAACUAUUUGGAAAGUGUGCCUGCUCUAUACCAAAUGAUUCCUUACGAGGAGACCAGGAGAAAGGAGUGUACUUCCCUGCUCUUUAAGCGGAACUGUACUGCUCCUGCCAAAAUCACACUUACACCGGAGCAUAUACGAAUCAACGAGGUUAUAUCACGUAAACAAACGCAGAACCGAGAACGCCAUGACAAAAUUGUUGAGGAUCUGCUGUUGGCCAUGAAUGUGGAUGCCUUUGCCCAAGCCAUCGAGGAGUUCGGCGUCUGCAUUGGCGCAAUUUUGGUAGCCCCAAUGGAAUCAAGAGUCACACAGAUUGGAGUGCAGGUGUUCUAUCACCUAGUGGAGAACCUUGACGAGGUCACAAUGAAAUUUCAGGCAACACACGACCUGUACUUUCAAGUGCUAGAAAAGCUUGGGGUUUUCUUGCAAGCAGAUCAGGCUGCCCAGGGAUUGGUUGUGCUUCGUCUGGCUCUUAAGCGACCCGAUCUCUUGGAACUGCUAGCCGGUGUAUUCGUGCCCAGCCGCACUGAUGUGGAGCACUUCUUGCCCAUGUACCAGUUUCUCAUCGAUUCCCACCUAAAGCGGUGCGACACACAGACACUGUUUGUGCUAUUCUCCAAGUUUGACCUUUUGGGAUGGAUGGAGGCCUAUCAGCCAAAGCUGAGCGAGAUCAACCGUCUGCUAAUGCUAGUACUUCAGGGACUAGAAGCCUGGUCUCAGCCGGAUAGCAAUCUUCUCCAGGAUCAGUUCCGCAGGCAUCUAGUGCACAUCUUUGGCUACGAUUUCCCCCAGCACUACGGCGAGGUGAUGCAGCUGGUUCUAGACCGCACAUCGGACCAGAAGCUGAUGCCAGUGGUGCUUUUGGACCUGUUGAACGCUUUGUUUGUCCGAGCCAACUGUCCAGAGUUGACUUUGGAGCCAAACGAAGUGCGGUUGCACGAAAUCGCCCUGGAUUUUGCCCGAAGACAAAAGCUAUUCACGCUCAAAGCGGCAACGGACACUCUUUUGCUCUUGUCCCGACACUUCCAGAAGGAACGACUCCAUCACGGCCUGCACGGGUUGUAUCCCAAACACAAGGAUUACUGCCAGCCCUUGGUCUUGUGGUUCACCUGUUUCGGUCAUACGCUCCUGGCCUCGGCCAUUUGCACCUACCAAGAACUUCUAGCUGAUCAGAUCAGCGACAUUGUGUUCGGAUCCAUUGUGGAGACGUACGGCCCUUGGCUAAUCCCCUACACAGAAGAGACGGUCAGCGGCGUGGCCCACUGGAUUCGACAGCUGACUCCCGGCCAGAGCAAAGUGCUCCUGCCGUGGAGCGAACAGCAUGUAAGCAGCAGCAAGCUCAUGAUCCGUUCCUUUGUGGCCACUGUACUGGAAGUGCUGCAGUAUCUGCCGUCGUCGAACAAGAUCCUGGAGCACGUAUUCGCUUGGUAUGUGCACCACUUCGCCCAGCCCAACAUAUCGGGCCACGUGCUAGCUCCCAUUCAUGAGGGAUUGGCACAGUUGCCCUGGGAACGUUUCCUACCGCCGGCACAGCACAUAGAGUUGCUGUACGACAGCCUGCAGAGAUUUCUGCCGGAAUCACACGCCAUGCUGGGUCACAUAUUUAUUCGGAUUGACUGGGACAACUGGUUCGCCCAGAUGCCACAGCCGGUUCCCAUUCUCUCUCGACUUUUCGGAAUCUUUGUGAAAAUCGCCUUCGAACCGAAUAUCCAUAUUCAUCCCAAUACGAGCAAAAUUCUUGAGGAAGCAAUUCGGUAUCCGUGGCACCUGGUGGAAUACAGUGAGCUGGAGCAACUGCUCAAGUGGUUCGUGGCCAGCGUGGAGCCAGCCAUUGCCCUAAAGCUCCCAGCAGAGAGCAAUUAUGCGGAUAGGGCUGUCUUGGAACUCCUUCGCUUGGCUUGUGCCAUGUUGCCGGAACGUUCAGCCCAGGAUGCUGUUGUCCUGGAUACAGCCAAACGCAUGCUCUACACCCGCUCAAUGGUCCGCAUGCAAAGAGCCUGCGGAGCCAAGCACAAGAAGCUUCUAGCCACAAAGGAGGGAGAGCGUGCCUUCACUGACGCCUUUCUAGAGCUGUUGAAUAGCAUCGAUCGAGCCAUCAGCAGCUGCAGCGAGCAUCGAACGCCGGAGGAGCAGCGCAGGGAAGCGCUUAACUUGAUGCUGGAGCUGGUGGCGCCCACCCAAACGCAGAGCCAGGAAGUUUCCAACAUACACAUUAAGGCUCUCGUUUGGUGGCAACAGCGAUGUGCGCCAGGCAACCUGGUCAUGUGCUCCACUCUACCCGCCAUCGGCCACCUGAACACCUACAUCGCCAGCAUUUAUUCUCUACUGGAAGCCAGCAUAGAAAACUACUUCCGCACCUCGUCAGACAGUGCUCCCUGGCAUGCACCCAGCUGGCAAGGCUUGAUGGAGGCGCUGAGCAUGUCGCUACCGAAACUGGACCUUAUGCCCAUAAUGCAGGGUAGCUACUUUUUCUCACUGCACGUGUUCGUGGUCUACAAGAUGGAAGAGAUCGCUACGGAUGGGGACAAGGUGACCUUUUUGCAGGACCUCAGCCAGCUGUUGGAGAACUUGAAAACCAGUCCACAUACGGAACCACAGAUGGCCCUUGUCUGGGGCGUGAUCAUUGCGCGAGGCUGCCAAAUCGCACAGAGCAACCAGCUGGUGAAAAAGCCACUUCACAUGCUGGCCAGGCACCUGCAGAUUGCGUCAACAAAAGCCGAAGGCUGGGGCGAUGGUCUACUGGGCGUGAUCGGUCUAAAAUCGGAGGUUAUUACUAACAGGCGAAAAGUGUUGACCCGUUGCCUAGCCUGUGUCAUCUUCUCACUGUUUCCGGCCAACCGGGACCUCCGUUUGCCAUCAGAGGAGUACGAAAGCGCACUUCGUGAGCUAUCUAUGCUCCUGGCCAACAAGAAGUUCACGGACAUCAAGCCCCUGAUCGUCCGGGCCGUCAGCCUGCUAAAAGAAAACACUUUUCCCGAUAUCCGGGCCGUGCCUCAUAUGGUCUGCCGACUAAUCAGCAUCUUCUAUGAGCAGAGCUACCUGACAACCAUUCCAGAGGUCUGGGACUUUGAAUUCAAGUUGAUUGCUACGUAGCUUACCGACCAGGCGACCAAUUUAUACAGCCAGUUGUGUUAUUUUCCAGGUGUUAUAUAUCAUAUUACUAGGUUAAGGGCAAAUAAAGUUAUCCAUUUUGUGCAAUUUGCAAAAUUGCAAGGAAUUGUAAGCUGUAAACUAACAAA